UUAAGUUGAAUUACUGAAAUUAAUGAACUUUUGCACGAUAUUCUAAUUUUUCGAGUUUCACCUGUAACUCCAGGUUGUCUAGGGGGAUUGUCCCUGUAAUUAGGGCUCUGUAAGUCGCUUUGGAUAAAAGUGUCUGCCAAAUGCAUAAAUGUAAAUAAUAAAAUCAAAGUCUUACAGUGUUGUUUGUAUUUCACAGUAUGCUCUCAGCACCUGUACAUCAUGUCCAUUAACAUUCACAGAGGAGGAGGUGCCAUUGAUUCGCCAGUGGUGGUGUAUUCAGCUGAUGGAGAGGUUUUGCCUAGAAGGUUAUGGACAGAGAUUUGCAUACUGGACAGAAGAAGCAUCCCAACUCCUUCAGGGAACCCUUGAGCCUGUCUUUAGGGUGUCCAAAUUCACCACCACAAACCUGUUGCCCAGCAGAAGAGUUGUGGUUGAAGAGAACGCUGAUAAGGUGCAACAGCCGGCCAUUGUAAAAGACCUUCAUGCAGCUUGGCACUGGGUUCACAAUCACAGAGACUUAUUCCAUGGGGAUGUGAGAGAGCCUGCAUUUCUGCAAAUGAACAGGGAUGAACAACAAAAUGCCCUCAGGAAGGUCCUCGGGGGUGAAUUCUCCAAUACAAAGGAUGAAUUUUUGUUUAUAUUUCAGUGUCAAGAGUACAUGGAAGUAUUUUUGUCAUACUGUGUUGAUGAACAAGGCUUGAAGGUCAAUGCCAUGUUCCAGUGAGUGAGUCAGUGAGGGAUGGAAGCUAUUAAUUAAUGUAUUAAAUAAAUUGAAUGAAUAAAUAACUUUAUC